AUGAAGUUCGCAAGCUCCAUCCUCCUUCUUACUGCGCUCAGCGCCUCCGUCUUUGCCAGUCAUGAUCACGAUCACGAUCACGAUGAUGACGAUGACAACACUGUCACCGUGACAAAAACUGUUACAGUGACAAGAACCGAUUACAUUACCCGGAGCACCUUCAAGACUACUGCUUCCAGCAGCGCCUGGAGCACUACCACUAGCACGCUCUCCAGCGAUGAUUCCAGCCCUACUGGCGACUCUGAUGGAUCUUGCAUUGCCCGUGGGUUCAGACCAUCGAAACAAACAGUCUCAACUAUCCUCACUAAUAAUAUGCUCUCGAUAGACUACCACGCUUGCACUCCUAGCGAUACUUGCUGCGACAACUUUCAAUGUGUUGGCUACACCCAGUGGAACAGCGGUACUUGUGUCAACCGGUAG